ACACAAGCGCGCAGCACAGCAAGGAGUUGCUGGGUACAACAGGACAAACGUGACUGGGCCAGAACCCAGGCUGAGAACACAGACGGACAAUACACACAUACACACUAUUGCAGAACAUAACACACACCUGUUAGAGCAGUGGAGAUGACUGACACGUCUGCAGCUGAAGAGGAGAAGGACCCUGAUAUUGAACUUUUUGUCAAGGCAGGGAGUGAUGGGGAGAGUAUAGGUAACUGUCCGUUCUCUCAGCGUCUCUUCAUGAUCCUAUGGCUAAAAGGAGUCGUCUUCAACGUCACUACAGUCGACCUGAAGAGAAAGCCGGCUGACCUCCAUAACCUUGCUCCAGGCACACACCCACCCUUCCUGACCUUCGAAGGAGAGGUGAAGACGGACAUCAAUAAGAUAGAAGAAUACCUAGAGGACAUGCUGGCUCCACCCAGGUACCCUAAACUGGCAGCUAAGAACCGGGAGUCCAAUACGUCAGGAAACGACAUCUUCGCCAAGUUUUCUGCCUACAUCAAAAACAUCAGGCCAGAGAACAACGCAGUUCUAGAGAAAAGUCUCAACAAGGCAUUAGCCAAGCUGGAUGAGUUCCUUCUGUCCCCGCUGCCAGAGGAGCUGCAGGAUGGCAGAGAUGUGGCAGAAGGGGGGUCGUUACGGAAGUAUCUAGACGGAGACACAUUAACACUGGCCGACUGCAACUUGCUGCCCAAAUUACAUGUCGUCAAGGUGGUCGCUAAGAGAUACCGUAACUAUGAGAUCCCUACAGAGCUGCAGGGUGUAUGGCGUUACAUUCAAAAUGCCUACAGGCGAGAUGAGUUUACCAACACCUGCGCGGCUGAUGCAGAGAUAGAACUAGCCUAUCAGGACGUGGCCAAGAGGCUGUCCAAGUGAUAAUGCCUGGAAUCAUUACUCUGUGUAGUUUUUCUAAAUGAAUCAAAUCAGGUUUUAUUAAAUCCAAUAAAAUAAACCAGACUCAGUCAUAUAAAACCUAUUUUAGUAUAUCCUGCUUUCUUUUACACUUCUGGACUUUUAGACUUUUACUCUAAUAAUAUUUUUUUUUUAUAUAGUUCCAGCUGUCCCACAAAAAUACAUUUUCAGAGUAAGGGUGGCACAGCAAGAUGAUCAAGAUGUUAAUAUUGCAAGAUUAACUUCAUUCAAGAUAUAUGAUCUUCGAUCUUUAUAAUAUGUUAACAUUUGAACAGUUUUAUUACAGUAAAUUGGAGCAAAGAGCAGUAAUCGAGGAUGAAGAGAAAGUGCUAUUUGAAUGGAAGAACACAGUAUUGAUAACACACAGUAUUUUUGGCCACAGUAGAUUUCAAUUAAUGGUUGGUUAGUAGAUGAAUGAAUGAUAGGGCAUGUGAUUGUGAAGUUAAAGUGUUUUCCCAGACUGCACCAUCCUGUGGUCACAGAGUUGUUGUGUGUGUUGUAAAACCAGGAAUUGACAACAAAGUUUUCAUAUAACUAUACUGAUUUGAUCAUAAGUUAACAAAUGUUAAUGAGUGUUAUCGCUCUAAUUUAAAUAAUAAAUAUAUUUUCUCAU